GAGGGGCCCGUGCAAACAAAUCACGGCCGUUGAUUCUGAAUCACCAUUAACCGCCACCUAGAGAACCCUUCUGUCACACACUCCCUCCGCCACCACCGUCGCCGCAACCACCACCGCCACUGCCACUACAGCACUAGGUUUCAGUCUCAUGCAUCGACUCAACUCUACACAUUCAACAAUGUCAAGCAUGGACUCUCACUCUCUUCUCCUUUAAUGGGUCUCUUCCAACUCAUCUCCAAAUUGGCUUCUUCUUCAAAUCCCAACUCAUCCCUGUUCUUCUUCAGAGCUUGUUUGAUCCACAAUCUAUCUUCCAGACCUUUCCCUGAUUAUUCAGCCAAGAAACCCACCAUCAGAGACUCUGAACUCACCAAUCAAAUCACCACCACCAUCAAGCAACGCCGCUCCGAGCCUCUUCGCCGCGUUCUCAAACCCUACGAAUCGAAAUUCAAACCACACCACCUCAUUUGGGUUCUCAUCAAUAUCAAGAAAGAUUACAAAUUGGUUUUGGAUUUCUUCGAUUGGGCGUGCCUUCGAAAAAACCCAUCAAUCGAAUCCCUUUGCAUUGUCAUUCAAAUCGCUGUUGCUGCGAGAGAUUUGAAAACGGCAAGGAGACUCAUUUGGGAUUUUUUGAUGAAACCCAAUUUAGAUGUGAGUGUUGUGUUUGCUCAUUUUGUUGAAAGAUUGAUAUAUGUUUAUAAAGAUUGGGGAUCUAAUCCUUUUGUAUUUGAUAUUUUGUUCCAAGUACUUGUUGAAUUUGGACUGCUUGAUGAAGCUAGAAAACUCUUUGAUAAGAUGUUGAAUUAUGGUGUAAUUAUGUCUGUUGAUUCAUGUAAUUUGUUUCUUUCGAGUCUCCCGAAGAAUGAUGUUGGGGUUGAGAUAGCAUUAAAGAUUUUUAGUGAAUUUCCUGAAGUGGGUGUUUGUUGGAACACUGCAUCACAUAAUAUUGUGAUUCACUCACUUUGUAGACUAGGGAAAGUAAAAGAAGCUCAUCAAUUGCUCAUACAAAUGGAGUUGAGGGGUUGUGUGCCUGAUGUUAUAAGUUAUAGCACGGUAAUUAACGGCUAUUGUCAAGCUGGGGAGUUUCAAACUGUGUUGAAGCUUGUAGAAGAAAUGCAAACGAAGGGGUUGAAGCCAAACCCAAAUACAUUUAACAGCAUUAUCAUUCUUUUAUGUAAGAUUGGCAAGGUUGUGGAUGCAGAGAUGGUGUUGAGAGAGAUGCUGAGACAGGGAGUACUUCCGGAUAACGUGGUCUACACAACUCUCAUUGAUGGUUUCUGCAAAGCUGGGAGUGUUUCAGCUGCUUACAAUCUGCUUGAAGAAAUGCAGAAUAGUAAAAUUAUUCCUGAUUUUGUAACUUAUACUGCUAUUAUCUCUGGUCUUUGUCAAACUGGAAACAUGGCUGAAGCAAAUAAGCUCUUCCAUGAAAUGCUUAGUAGAGGGAUGCAACUUGAUGAAGUUACUUAUACGGUGCUUAUCGAUGGUUAUUGCAAGGCAGGUGACAUGAAACAGGCCUUUUUACUUCAUAACCAGAUGGUUCAGAUGGGGUUGACCCCAAAUGUCGUCACUUACACUGCUCUUGUUGAUGGGCUUUGUAAACUUGGGGACGUAGAUGCAGCGAACGAGCUUCUUCACGAGAUGUGUGCGAAGGGUCUAGAGCUGAAUAUUUGCACCUACAACUCGAUUGUCAAUGGUCAUUGUAAAGUGGGAAAUAUUGGACAAGCAAUAAAGCUAAUGGAAGAUAUGGAUGCGGCAGGGUUCCAUCCGGAUACUAUUACUUACACUACUCUAAUGGAUGCAUAUUGUAAAUCAGGAGAGAUGGUCAAGGCUCACGAACUCCUUAGAGAGAUGUUGAAUAGAGGGCUUCAACCCACAGUUGUUACAUUUAACGUGUUGAUGAAUGGGUUCUGUAUGUCUGGGAUGCUUGAAGAUGCCGAGAGGCUUCUAAAUUGGAUGUUAGAGAAGGGUAUAAUGCCAAAUGCCACUACCUACAAUUCUCUCAUGAAACAGUACUGCAUUAGAAACAAUAUGCGAGGGACCACUGAAAUAUAUAGGGGGAUGUAUGCUCAAGGAGUGAUGCCUGAUAGAAACACCUAUAACAUACUAAUAAAGGGGCACUGUAAAGCGAGGAAUAUGAAGGAGGCAUGGUUUCUACACAGAGAAAUGGCUGAGAAGGGGUAUAGUCUUACAGUUUCUUCUUAUAAUGCGCUGAUCAAGGGUUUCUUUAAGAGGAAGAAAUUUUUGGAGGCAAGGAAACUGUUUGAAGAGAUGAGGAGAGAAGGGUUGGUUGCGGAUAGAGAAUUAUACAACAUUUUUGUUGAUAUGAACUAUAGUGAGGGGAACAUGGAUAUCACCCUUGAGCUUUGUGAUGAAGCAAUAGAGAAAUGUCUCAUUGAUAAAAGCAACCAAGGAAAUACAUAGCUUGAUUUAUCAGUGAUGCUUUCUUGGGAAGUUGGGAUUAUUGUGGGAAAAAAAUUUAGUUGUCCUUGCUUGGGCUUUGAUGGUGUGAUUCUGUGGCCUACUGACGUACCCACAACCAUGUAUAUUUCUCUCUUCUAGGCAAUACUUCUGCUAAAAAAGACUAUGACCAGGCUACAGCAACUGCAUCCCGAGUAUUGCAGUUGGGAUUGGUUUUUGGCUUGUGCUGCCUGUAAUCCUUGCAGUAGGAUUACAUUUUGGAGCUAGAUUAUUUACAAAAGACGCCAAUGUGUCCUCCACCUCAUCAGUACUGGCCUUGUGGUAUCUCUUCUCUGCAAACAAUAAAACACUGUUACUGGUUAUCUGGCUCUGUUAAACCAAGUUGUAUUUGAUCCUUCAUAUCAGUUUGUUGCAGCUAUUCAACAAAUCAAUCCCUUGGCCUUUGUCUUUUUAUUGCGUCAUCAAUUUUGGAGCAUCGUAUUUUGCAUAUUUUGGCUGUUCUAUGGUAAUAUAGUCAGCAUCUUUAUAUCAUGAAGUAGCACAUUUGCUUCUAUUGAAACUAUUUCCUGAUGAAAAAAGACAUGAACAAGAAAAAUGUUUAAGAAUAAAUUAUUUUAAAAAAAAUCAUAGCUUACAGUCGCCUCUUCUAAGUUCUAAGUUAAGAAUCAGGAUGACUACUAGUAUCCUGCCCUCCCUGUUAUUUUUAUUUCUAACUUAAUACUAAUAGAAUAGAGGCACAUAUGGAAAAGAUUAUCGAUGAAGCAGAUGAAAUAAGACAAUAGAUUAAAAUAGUGACGCUGGAUGGUAGAAGAGAUUGAACGACCAAAGGAAGAAGAAGAAGAAGAAGAAGUUAAAAGUGUCCUCUAUUAAUAAGAAGCCUUGUAUUUAAAUUAUGGGACACCACGAAGGUCCAAAUAUGGAAAUAGACAGUAAAUUCCAAAAACAAAAAAAAACAAAAUUAUGCUUUUGUGUUCAAUUUAGCAUAAAUGUGAAAUUUUUAGUUACUUUAUUAGAUUAUUAAAGCACGAACUUGAGAUUUUUCUUUAUUCAGGUUCUGGUGGCUAUAAUCACUAUCUUACUUUUGUCCAUUCUUUCCCCCAAUCAUGGAUUCAUUGGAAUAUAGGAUGCUUUGACCAUCUAUACGAGUCUCAGAGCAUUUUCUGGAUUUUGGAGGAUUGGGACAGGAUCAGGACCUUGGGGCUUUCUCAGGAGCUGAACAUGCAUCGUUAUGGUUUUAGCAUGGCUUGACUGGUUUUCUUGAACAAGUAACUUGUUUCCAUGGUUUUCUUCUCAUGGAAACUACUUUUGAAAAAUUAAGAAAAUUUCAUGGUCUUGUAUCGUUUGUUGUUUGGUUGCUUAAAAUAUUUUCACAUUUGUAUGUUUCUUUUGUACAUAAACUAGUUGUUUCAUAGUAACAGAAGUACAAAGAGAUAUAUGAGCUGCUUCAGUGUUGCUUUUGAAGUGGGGCAUUCAGAUACCAAUACAUUUUCAGUGCUGAUUGUGGUUUGGGGCAUUGAGACUCGCAAUUCCUUUUGCCAAAAAAAAAAAAAAAAAGAAGAAAGGCAAAAGCACUACAACAAGGGUACAGCCACUUAUCCCAGGACCUGUUAAGACAUGUAAUGGCGUGGGAAAUUUUGUGCAAGGUCAAGACUCAAAGUGGUAGUUAUUCAUAGACAGUCCUGAAGAAUGUGAGAAUUGCCAAUAACUAAACAGCUGAAGGUGGAAUUGCCCGGAAUCUUUGAUCAGGGGGUGACCUGUAAAUAUGACAACAUAGCCAGAAAACAACUUUCACACCAUGUCGAACCCCACAAAACAGUGCUAUGAGUAGGCCUAGUUGUAGUGUAGAAGUAGCUCUUUGUACUCAUACCAGUGAAGGUUAAUAAAAUUUAUUAUGUUAAUCUUCAA